GACGUCACGAACUCAAGACCAAGCGCGGCACCGGAAGUCCUCCUCGGAUCCUCUCGAGCAAAAAGAUGGCGGCCGGAAGUCUCGCCCCGCGCGCUUUCCCGAUUGGCUGGCCCCGCCCAGCAGCCAGGCUGAGGCUGAGGCGGCCAUGGAGGAAGCGGGCAGCGAGGAGGCCGAAGAGCUGCGUCGGUUCCUGGAGCAGCACCCGGCCUUGCGCAUCCUGCCGCCGGGGACGAGGGUGCGCUGCGCGCUGACUGGCCAUGAGCUUCCCUGCCGGCUCCCUGCGCUGCAGGCCUACACAGCGGGCAAGAAGUACCAGCGCCUGAGCGCAGUGGGGCUGCCAAGCCAAGGAGACGGGGAAGCCAAAGAAGGCAGCAGCGGAGGAGACGGCAAUGGCGGCCUCUUUGGGCCCCACCUCGUCCCCAGCACCAGAAACCCGCAGCAGCUGUUCUGCAGGCUGACCCUCCGGCACAUCAACCGGAUCCCGGCGCAUGUCCUCCGCCAUGUCCAGGGGCGCCGCUUCCAGAAGGCCCUCCGUAACUAUGAGAAAUGCCAGAGGGAAGGCGUGGAGUACGUCCCCUCCUGCUGCCGCCGCCGCCAAAAACAGCCACAGAAGACUCCGUCGGAGGGGCCCCAGCAUCCUCAUCCUCCUCGUCGGAAGGGAGGCUUCUGGGAGCCUCCAGCCAGCGAUGACAGUGGAAGUGACACAGAGGACAGUAUGAGUGACUUGUACCCACCUGAACUUUUCCAAGAAAAAAGUCUGGCGGGCAAGGAAAGCAACCAUGACUUUGCCACAGACAGUGACGAAGAGGUUGCAAUGCCAACAACCCAGAACGGUUGUGAGGACAACAGCGAGGCAUCAGGCACAGACCCACAGAUGGGCACCAAAAGAGGGAAGAAGCAAGGCGGGGGUCUCAAGAAGAGAUUCAAAAGUCGGAACAAAAAACCCAAAAGAUUUGGGAAAGCUGUUGGUGGAAAGUAGAUGUUCCUUAUGUGACAGACUCCAGUUAACUGCACAUAACAAGGAGGCAGUUGAAGAAGACUGGCACUAGAGAUGUUUUGUUGGGUUUGAGUGGGAUCGUGAUUUUCAUUGCAAAUCCAGACUGUAUGGUUGUAUUUCAUUUGUGUGAAUUAUAUUGGUUUUGAGA